AUGUAUUCAUGGAAACGCGGUAGUGCUCAAUAUCAGGAAUAUGUUUCAAUUUUUCAUAUUAAUUCAACUGCCGAAGAAGAAUAUAAUAAGACAGAUGAUAGAGUAAUUUAUAUAGAAGAUUUGGAAAAAAGAGAAGAAAUAUAUGGAACAUGUUGGGAAUGUAAAGAACCUGGCACAGGAGAACUUUGGUGUCAAUCUUGUAAUGCCAAAAGAUUUAAGGAAAAUUUUAAAAAUUGGACUAGUGGAAAUAAAGAUAUUGAUGAAUUCAUCCAAGAUUCACAACUUAAUGCUGUAAGUAGUAAGAAAUGUCUUGAAUGGAUAACUUAUGAGGAUUUACAAGAUAUUACUUAUAUUACUAGAGGAGGGUUUGGUAAAGUUUAUUCAGCUACAUGGACUAAAGGAUUUAUUAUUUAUUGGGAUAUUGACAACCAAGAAUAUUAUAGAAGUGAAAAUGUUAAAGUUGCAUUAAAAAGCUUGGAUGAUUCUUUCGACACGAAUUUAGAUUUGUUAAAUGAGAUCAAAUCUUAUCUUCACAUGUAUACUUGGGAUAUUAUUCAAUAUUUUGGAAUAACUCAAGAUCCAAAUUCUAAAGAGUAUAUGAUGGUUUUAGAAUAUUGUGAAUGUGGAAAUUUAAGAAAUUAUUUAAAUGAAAAUUAUAUGGAUAUAAAGUUAAAAAUUCAGUACUUAUUUCAUAUAGCAAGAGGACUUCAAAAUAUUCAUGAUGCUAAAAAAGUUCAUGGAGACCUUCAUAUAGGAAAUAUAUUACUUAAUAUGAAUCGUAAACAUGCAUAUAUAAGUGAUUUAGGAAUGUGCCGACAAGCAAAUAAUGACAAGGAAGGAGGUUAUGGAGUAUUGCCUUAUAUGUCACCAGAAAUUUUACGUGGAUGCCAAUAUACAAAAGCAGCUGAUAUUUAUUCAUUUGGAAUAGUGAUGAAUGAAUUAAUGUCUGAAGAAACUCCUUAUAGUAAUAUUCCUCAUGAUCAUACGUUAGCUGUUGGGAUAUGUAAAGGACUUCGACCAAAUAUCUCCGAAGAUAUUCCAAAACCGCUCGCAGAUUUGAUCGUUAAAUGCUGGGAUGCUAAAGCAGAAAAUAGACCAACUGCUAAGGAAUUAUCCCAUAAAUUAAGAAAAUGGAGAAAUGAAAUAAGAAACAUGAAUGGAAAUUUUUAUUCCCAAAUAAAAGGACAUAAAUAUAUAAAAAGAUUUAAUAAUGAAAAUAUAUCUAAAAAUAUAUCUAAAAAUAUAGAAACUCACCCUCAAGCAAUCUAUACCAGUAGACUGUUAAGUUUCAAAAAUCUUCCGGAGCCAGUAAAUUCAAAUGAUUUAGUUUCGGAGUGUUUUGAUUGCGUAAUUGAUGAAACUGCGUAA